GUCAAAUGUCAUCAGCUUCACAAUCACAGCUGUUGUGAUUUUUGCUUGUCAUUUCUGAGUUGACUGAGUUUGAAGACUAUUUUAUUUGAUCAUUGUUUCUUAUUAAUAAGGUGAAAAAUGUCGGUCUUGUGCCCAGAAAUUCCAACUCCAGGCUUCUCUUUCGAAAACUGCAAGAGAAACGCCGUUUUGGAAACCAAGGGUUUUGCUCUGCCCAAAGCAGUCAAAACUGGAACAACCAUUGUAGGCAUUACUUAUAAAGAUGGAGUCAUACUUGGUGCUGAUACUAGGGCUACAGAAGACACAACAGUUGCUGACAAAAACUCUGAAAAAAUUCAUUAUCUGGCACCCAACAUGUAUUGCUGUGGUGCCGGUACAGCCGCUGAUACUGAAAUGACCACACAAAUGAUUUCUUCUCAACUGGAACUCCACAAACUCUACACCAAUAGAGUAGCUAGAGUAUGCACAGCCAAUCAGCUGCUGAAGCAGUAUCUUUUCCGCUACCAAGGCUAUGUUGGGGCUGCUCUGAUCCUAGGAGGUGUUGAUGUUGAAGGUCCCCAUCUCUACAUGAUCUACCCUCAUGGGUCCAGUGAUAAACUCCCAUAUGGCACCAUGGGUUCUGGGUCUCUUGCUGCUAUUGCAGUGUUUGAGUCUCGCUGGAGACCUGAUUUGGAGGAACAAGAAGGAGUGCAGCUUGUGCGUGAUGCUAUUGCUGCUGGUAUUUUCAAUGAUUUGGGUUCUGGGUCAAACAUAGAUUUGUGUGUCAUUCGUAAAGGGUCUGUGGAUUAUAAGAGGACCUUUGAUGAGGCUAACAAGAAGGGGGUUAAGCAGGCUUCUUACAGAUAUCCUAGAGGUGCCACUAGUGUUCUGUCAACCAGAGUUGUGGAUAUUGAAGAAGUUGCUGUUCAGAGAAUUGAACCAGAGAGAAUGGAAAUUGCUUAGGAACUCAUAUUUAUUUAAUGAAUAAAUUGUAAUUCUUGGUAUGAACUUUAUUAUAAAAAUACAAAAUAAUUUCACAUAUGAUUCUUCUUCUUGUAACAAUAUAAACAUAAAUAAUAAAGUCAAUAAAAAACUCUUAUACAAAAUUGAUUAAUGUGACUUAAAAACACUAGUAUCUCUGAAUAAUAAUAAUAAUUUGUCAAAAUAUAUUAAUUAAAGAGUAUAAUAUUUUCAAUAAGUCAAUAAUGAAUCUCACUAUAUUUCAGGAAGACGAAAAUUUAUAAUCUCAUUUCUCAGUAAAUAUUCUAAUAAAAAAAACAUAGCUCACAAUAUAAAUACACUUUGACAGACAAAAAAGAGAUUCCAACAUUAUACAAUAGGGUGGUCUAACUUUAAAUAUUAAUGAUGAUAAGUAUGGGAUGUAAAACAUGUUCAUGAAAUAAACAUCCUUCCAAUCAACACAGGUAAAUACAGGGUGUCCCACAAGUCAUAAGAGAAGGGGGGGGCAGUUUCAAUCAAAUUAACGGUGUAUGUGGUUAUUCAAUUGUUGAUGGUUCAAAAUGUAUUCAAUGUUUAUGAAAAACGCGACCCAUUUGAAAAAACAUAAUAAUAAGGAGGCUGUUUUGCAUAGCCCCGUAUGUUAUACCAUUUCUGAAUCUGUAUUAAAUGAGCAACUUUUUGAUAUAGUUAGUCAUCUUUGUGGGGUAGUUUUUAAAUCAGUCAGUGGCAUUGAAAAAUCAACUGAAUCAUUUCAUUCAACAAGUCUCAAGGAAAACAACAUUUUUUCUUAAUUGAUAUGGAGAAACACUGGUCGAUAUUAUUUUUUUGGAAAAUUGCAUCCAUGUGUAUUAAAUUUGUAAAAGAAAAAUCACAAAUGUGAGUUUAGUGUACAGUGUGUCCAGUUUUCAAUGCUUUUGCUUGAUAUCUCAGUCAUCCUUGGAGAUAGAACCUUGCGGUUUUCGCGGUCCAGUGCCACUUUUUUGUGAAACUCAAGAUGGCCUAAUCAGAUUUUGCAAGACUGUUUCCGUUUAGGAGAUACAGAGGGCGAUUUUGAAAAUUUAUACUUUUUGGACCCCCUCUGUAUUCACGAAGUUUCUUAACAAAAAUGUCAAACCAAAAUCUCAUCGCAUGAAAAUUUCACGCAUAAUCCAGUGGCGCACUUAAAUUUUUUUUCGGGGUAUGGUUUUGGAGAUACGACUCAAAAUUAUGAUUUUUUUAAUGGAACACCCUGUAUUUCAUAAGCUCAUUAAAUUCCUUAUUUUUUUGUCUUCAAAAUGAUAUACAACGAAUGAAUAUAAAAUUUGAAAUAUUGAAUUUUGAUAGUUGGUUAUGGAUUUUUCUUAUAAAGAACGUUCCAAUUGAAGAAAUAUUUCUUUAAAUUUUUCCAUGGAGAGUCAAAACCAAUAUCAACACGUAUUAAUUAACGAAACACUAAACUUGGGUACCUGAUAGCAACAAAUAAAUAGUAAUAAAAAGUGCAUAAUGUAGAAUAAGCACCUGAUUAAAUAUUUACUAAAACAAUUGAAUUCCGGAAUUAUUCAGUAACUUAUUCAUUGACAUGUUCAAAUUGAUAUCCAUUUUCCCUAACAUACAGUUGACAAACUGUAUUGCAAGUUAAUUAGUGUUGAAAUUGUUAUUUCCCCCCUCAUGGAACAAUCAAAGGAAAUAUUCCUUCAAUUGUAAAUUUCUUUAUAUGAAAAUCCCUCGAAAAACCCAUAGCCCACUAUUAAAAUUCAAUGUCUUAGUGAUUUUUGAACAUUUUUGAAAAUGUUAUAUUCAUACAUCGUAUAUCAUUUCGAAGGGAAAAGAAUAAGGAAUUUAAUGAGCUUAUAAAAUACAGGCUGUUGAAUUUAAAAAAUCAUAAGUUUGAGUCGUAUCUUCAAAACCACUGGAUGCGCCACUGGAUUCUGCAUAAAAUUCUCUAUGAGUUAAGAUUUUAAUUUGACAUUUUCGCUGAUAAACUUCGUAGAUAUAAAGGGGGUCCAAAAAGUAUAAAUUUUCAAAAUCGCCCUAUAUCUCAUAAAAGGAAACAGUCCUGCAAAAUCUGAUUAGGCCAUCUUGAGUUUCACAAAAAAGUGGCACAGGACCGCGAAAACCGCAAGGUUCUAUCUCCAAAGAUAACUGAGAUAUCAGGCAAAAGCAUCGAAAACUGGACACACUGUACAGUAAUUGAUUGUUUAGAAAAUCCAAAAUAAAAAAGAAUUGACUAACUUGUGUGCCAUCAACGGGGAAGACCACUGAUUUUUUAAAACGACAUUAUCGUGAACUCUAUACUGAAAAACUACCAGUGAAUUAAUUCUGAAUUUUUUCAUUCAUGCUGAGACGAUGAAAAAAAUAAAUUAGUAUAUGUCCAUUUCAAAACACACAAUUCCUGCGCCAUUUGAAAUUUUAUCAAUUCAUUGGUGUGACUGGUGCGACGUCUUAGUCUCAACACGCCUAUUGUCCUUGAACUGACCAAUCACACUGCAACACCGCAGAAUGGCAAGGUAUCAGAGAGAGAUAGCUACAGUUCGGGACUAAUACGUCACGGCUCCACCAUCAUAUUUGGCUUUUUGGAAUAUCGAAUGAAAUAUGCUGAUUUCAAAACGAUAUAGAUUCGAUUCCCUUCAACUUCAACUCAUAAUAUUGAUUGUACAUAAAACGUAAAUCAUGAUGCGUCGAUUGAAAGAGGUUUGCACGGAUUUCUUCCCUCAGUGGUCUUCCCCACAAUGGUUAGGUUGAUUGGAGGUGAACUCCCCUAUCACUCCACUUUUUUUGAUCUAUAUGAGUUAUGGGACACCCUGUAUUGGUAGAACCUAUACUGAAUCUGGAACAGUUUUUAAUAUAGUUGGCCGCUAUAAUAUGAGAUUUUCUUAAUAAUCAUCCCUUUCGUAAAGUAUCAAUGCUUGAAACUAAACAAUCCGAUCAAACAAAAUAUCGGUUCUUCCAUACUUCCCUAGCUCUUAUGAACGAUAAAAUCCCAAGUUUCUUUCCAUUUCAACUUUAAAAUAUCGCUGGUAGACAGUGCGACGUUGCCAUAACUCAGCGCAGAAAACUCCCUAAACACGUACACCGCCCAAACGAGCCAAACCAGAACCCCCACAACGAAAAACUUCGCCAACAAUCGCCUCCUGAAAACCACCUUCAAAACGAAAUGAACAUGUUCCAAUGUGGCAGCGAGCAGCAGAACUUUGAACGCGAACGCCGACAAAUAGUGGUGCAAAAAAAGCGUUCUAUCGACGAAAAAGAAGGGCAAAUAGUGGAUCAAGUAGCCCCCCAGACAAAUUUCCCCGGUGAGUUGGAACUGGUGCCAAGCGAUGGGGUCCAGAUCGUAGCAGAGCCUCCGGCGCCUUAGAAGGUAGACGAUUAAGAAGGCGGAGUAGAGUAGAAGCCCUAGGGUGGCCGAAUACCAUAUCACGAUGUUGCCGAGUAAGUGGAUUUGGGCCUAUUGAGAAAAAAUG